AUGCUGUUCAGCUUUCGCCCUUUGGCACUAGACUCUGUCAUCAAAUCCGUACGCUCUGGAACACUCGGGCUAUAUCAAAGUUUUCCCAAGCUAUCAUUCAAUGCUAUCUCUCGCUCCUUUUCCGAUCGUCAUGCGACCGAAAUAUCUGGUUCAAAUUUUGACCACUCAUCAUGUGAAAAGGCUGAUCGUGAAACAUACCGGCAAAUCCUUAUCGAUGACGAUGAACACAAUCUGACGUAUACAUUUCAGCUGCUCAUGAAUAUUGUUAGGCGACCUUGCCUUGGUCACUUCGUGAAGCGGAUUAAGUACGUUCACAGACCCAAUAGUGGUGAUGACUACCCCGAAUUACCAUAUCAACGCGAUCUAUGCGCAGAUGAUAUGCGCCUUCUCAGACGUGCGGUAGAAAAUGCGGGCUUUCAGGGCGACAAGGAAGAUAAAAUCAUCAAUAUGCUCAUGCAAAAAAAACUAUACCAGGACUUAGGCUACAAUACCACUGAAGGCUGUAGGGUCUGGAACUUUGACAUUACACCCACCUUCAUCACACAAGCUAUUGCCGCCAUAAUCGUAUCUAUGUCACCAAAUCUUGAGACUAUGGCAAUGACACAGCCUUUCGACCACUACACCGACCUUGAAGAGGGCAAAGAAUGGGCCAAAGAAUUCCCGCUCGUUCAAGUUUUCCGAUAUGCCAAUUCCCGCCCCGAGGGAACUCACUUCCUUCAGAAAUUGCGUGAUGUCUAUUUGAUAAAUAGAGAUAGGCGUGAUAUUGAUGAUGAUCGGUUCUAUGCGCAGACGGAUUUGAUUGCCUGUCUCGAGCUCUUCAACAAACUCCCAUCCAUCGAGUCAUUUGGUAUUGAUGUGCUUGAAUCGGACGAGAACAACGGCAAACAGACCUGUGAGGAGGCAAGCUCGCAUAUCAGCAAAAUCAAAAUCAACCACUCCUCUCUGGACUCGGGCUAUCUCUUAUGCGUGAUGGCAUCGAGUAAAACCCUUACCGAAAUUCAAUAUACCACCGGAGGCAGGGCAAGCCUCGAUGGUGGAUAUCCUAUGUUCAAUCCAAAAGCAUUUUUCAAAGGGUUAUCCGUGUACAAAAAUUCGCUAAAAGCUCUCGACAUAGAUACCGAACAAUUUACCCCGAGCUAUCCUGGUGAAGCAAAGUCGCAAGGCUUAUUUGUCGACUGGGAUCAAUAUGGAGGCCCAGGUGAAUUCGAUUUUGACGCAUACGGCCCCGAUUUUCUCACUGAAGAUGACCCCGAUCUCAAGGCGCACCGAUACUUAACGUCGAUUUGGGACCGCGACGCGUCAUUGAAAGACUUCGGGGCAUUGAAAGAACUGAGUCUCGGAAUUGGACUCUUGCUUUAUUUCGCCCAGGGCGUGGAGAUCGAUGAUAUGAAAAGAGCAAGUUUCAUGCUCACGGACUGUCUACCAGAUAGCCUGGAGUAUCUGUCUAUUCGAGGCUAUGAAAAGGGAGUAAACGAAGCACACGAUAUGCAGGUGGCUGCGUUGAUGGCCCGGUUUGAGUCAGGCUCAUUGAGGUUGAAGGAGAUCAAGGGGGUUGAUGAGAUUAUUCCAAAUGGGUGCCAUGUUGAAAAUCCGGAUAAAGAUACCCAUUUGUUGUGGUCGAUGGAAUAUUAG